AUGGCGUCUCUUUUGGCUCUUCCACAGGAACUGACUCUUCAGGUCCUCCAACUCCUCCAAGUCGGCGACUUGUUCCGCCUCAGUGCCACUUGCAAACACUUCCGAGCCCAAUUGGUGCCGCGGCUCUUCCAGACAAUCCGCCUCACCAGCGAUGAGAGAGUUGCGCGAUCCGCAUUGGGGGCCGUCGAGGCUCACGGCCAGUACACAACUCGCAUCGACUUUAUAGCUCACUGCGGGCCCCAUGACGGGAAAAUGGUGCCAGCCCUCACGCCGGCCGCAGCCAAAGUCCUCCAAGGUCACUUCACUCCGAACUUGAGUACCGUUAGUCUCAAGUUUGACUUUGACUUUGACGACGGCGAGGAAUGGGAUGCGGGCUGUCCAGACGACCUUGAGGCCAUAUCGAUAUAUGUAUUCCGUUGCGAGGAAACUGAAGAGUAUGUCCGAGAGAGGGAAGAGACAUGGCAGUGGCGGGCUCUUAUGAACGAGACCUGGCGGGCGCUGGCAGCCAAUAUCCAUGUGAGGGAGCUUAUCCUAGACAACUUUAUUCCCAAGUGGACAUCUACUUUCCGCACAGAAGAGUUUGGUCAAUUUCUCUCCCGGCUGGAGACUGCAGCCUUUGACAUUCUCGGCAUGGAUAACGGCGCAUGUUGGCGGACUAGUACGGAGCCGGGCUACACAAACUUCCUCUCUGAUCUUGACGAUUCUUUUUUCCACCACAUGACAGGAUUAAAACAUCUAAGUAUCAAUACGUCGGAUCACCUCGGUCUCAAAGGCAUGUGCCACUCCCCGCUUGCGCUUAAGCCCGACCAUCUUCCACUGCUGGAAUCGCUAAAGCUUAGGAGGUGCUUUAUUGGCCCGGAGCUGGUUUCGUUUGUUCGCGGCCACACGCAGUUUCUCAAGUCUCUCGAUAUCAGGGACUGCGUUAGUGGGGGUAAUGCUUACUCGGCGGACACUGGCAUAUAUUGGGCCGAGUUUUUUGAUAGCGUGUUCGAGGCGAAACCGGCGCUUACCGAGUUGAUUGCUGGAAGUAGUGCUCUCCUGCGUGAAGGACUCCUGCCCGACUAUUGGUUCGACGCAGAUCCUGAAGUCCCUGAGGAGAUUUAUCGGAAGCUCAAGGCUGACCCAAGCAUGCGGUUGUUUCGAUACGCUACUGUAAAUACUAAAUAUGGCCAACUCUCCCUAGAUUUGGAGACAGAGGAAGAGGAGUUUGAAAGUAGCAACGACCAGAAGGCAUUUGACCGACUUGUUGGCCUUUUGAGCGAGAACGCUGCAAAAACAAAGCGAUGA